AUGGAGAAGACGAAGCUUUGCCUGGUUGUCCUUCUGAUAAGGGUUAUAUACGCAGGCAUGCAGAUCAUCAUCAAGGCGGCAUUCGAUGGUGGCAUGAACACCGCAGUCUUUGUCUUCUACAGGCAACUAAUUGCCACCCUUUCUUGGAAGAGAGCUCCAGCCCUGUCAUUCUGGUUGGCCUUCAAGAUGUUCAUGCUUGCUUUAGUUGGGCUUGCUGGGACUCUAUAUUUGUACUCCGUCGCUCUGGAUUACACUUCAGCAGCGCUGGCAUCUGCAGCAAUAAAUUCCAUCCCGGUGACUACCUUCAUUUUGGCAGUAAUAUUUAGGACGGAGAAGGUGAAGGUAAAGAGGCACUCAGGGAUCGCGAAGCUCUGCGGAGCAGGACUGUGCAUUGCAGGCGCUUUGACCAUAGCUUUCUACAGAGGACCUCGUUUGAACCACUUGAAUCGCCAUCACGUCCUUACGAGUGGGAAUCAAGCUCAGGUUCAUCCUCAUCCCUACAGCAGAUGGGUCUUGGGGACCUUCCUCAUGAUCGUCUCCAACCUGACAUGGUCACUGUGGCUCGUCUUACAGGAACCAUUGCUGAAGCAGUAUCCUUCAGAACUCAUGUUCACCACUCUGCAAAGCCUCUUCAGCGCCAUCCAAACAUUCUUCAUCACUCUGGCGAUCGAAAGGGACUUCUCGCGGUGGAAGCUGAGCCUCGACAUGGGACUCAUCUCAGUGGCCUACUGCGGCAUCGUCGUCACCGGGCUCGCAUUCUUCCUGCAGUCAUGGACGAUACAGAGACGAGGCCCUGUUUUCUUGGCCCUAUCAGCUCCACUGACGAUGAUCAUCAUCAUGAUGCUCUCGCCUUUCCUCCCCGGAGUCUUCGUCGAUUUGGGGAGCGUCCUUGGUGGAGUUCUCAUGGUUGGGGGCCUUUACAGCGUCCUGUGGGGAAAGAGAAGGGAGCAGAAAGAGGAAGAAAACCCAACAGCGAAAGAUACCAAAGUUUGCUUGGAGGAGAAAGAAAUGGCAUCACCAAGAGAACUUCGAUGAACAUGAUUCUGGAAUCGUUGACAUGCAUAGAAUAUGUGAUAAUGUACCCCUUGCCAAACAACAUAAUCUAUUAAGUGUUAUUAUUACAUUGAGGCCGUUGACUAUCGAGU